AUGUACGGACAUAGUCACAACAAUGACACGUUUUCCUUCUCGCCGGAGUUUCUUGCCGUCCAGGGGUCGGCUGCACCACUGCCUCCUCUACAUGCUGCCGCCGAUUACUUCAUGCCACCACCCCCUCUGGCCAUUCCUACGUAUGAGUUCGACACAGUGUAUGCAACAAGUAGUGGAGGAUAUGACUCCCCGAGUUACACGGGGAGCCCGAGUAUGGUGAUUCAAAGGAGCGGUAGCAGUCAUUCGAUUGCUACUCAGUUUCAUAAUAACGGGUUGUUUAAUCAACUCGUUUCGCCCCCAAAUGAAUUUGUGGACUCAGAAGGGAGCAGUUCCACCACCAUGAGGAGGGUUUUCAGUGCCGAAGAUUUGCAGGGAGUAAAUAUGGUGCAAAAUCACUAUCAUCGAUCAGAAAGUCCACUAUCGAGUGAGAGCAACAGUAUCAUUGAAAGCAUGAACAAAGCUUGUCGUUACUCACCUGAUGAGAAGAAAGAAAGAAUCGAGAGGUACCGAAGCAAGAAAACCCAACGCAAUUUCACCAAGAAAAUCAAGUAUGUAUGUCGGAAAACUUUGGCAGAUAGUAGACCUCGUAUACGAGGAAGAUUUGCUAGGAAUGAUGAAAUCGAGAAAGCAACAGAACAUCAAACCACGAGCCAAGGCGGCGGAGAAGAAGGGAUCGACGAGGAAGAGGAUGAUAAUUGGAUGAACAAUUUUCUUGAUUCAUUUCCACCGAAUCUAAUUCCUUAAAAUCCCCAUACCCUUGUUUCUAAAUCUUAGUUUCUCCCUAAGAGGUUUGGAAACCCUAGUAAUUAAGUGUCUUUUAUGAAAUAGGAGCUCCUAAUCAUUCUA